AUGGCCAAGCUUUUUGCCCCUGUUGUUGCGGCUCUGCUGCCAGCCGUUCUGGUAACGGCGGCCCCUACCGCCGUCUCGAAUGCCACUGGGAACGGCUGCACUGUCACGGAAUACGCCGACAUUGCCAACGCGGUCGCGACCUGUACUGAUAUUACGCUCUCAAACAUCGCUGCACCCGCGAACAGCCCCAUCGAUCUCCAGAAGCUCCAGCAAGGGGCCACCGUCACGUUCGAUGGCACGACAACCUUUGCCACCACCGUUGACAAAAAAUUCGACCCUAUCAUCAUCUCCGGCACUGACAUAACCGUCACCGGUGCCCCUGGCCAUGUGAUCGAGGGCAACGGCGCCGCGUACUGGGACGGCCUGGGAUCCAACGGCGGUGGUGACAAGCCCAACCACUUUGUCGUUGUGAAGAAGACCACCAACGCCAAGAUCACCAACCUGAACAUCAAGAACUGGCCCGUCCACUGCUUCUCCAUGACCGGCAACCAGGGACUGACGGUCUCCGGUAUCAACCUGGACAACUCUGCCGGCGACGAGCCCAACGCCCAGAGCGGAAGCAAGGCCGCCGCCCACAACAGCGACGGCUUCGACAUCUCCUCGAGCAGCAACGUCCUCCUGGAGAACAUCAGGGUCCACAACCAGGACGACUGCGUCGCCGUCACCAGCGGGACCAACAUCACCGUCAACAACCUCUACUGCUACGGAGGCCACGGCCUGAGCAUCGGGUCCAUCGGCGGCAAGAGCGACAACACGGUCGACGGCGUCGUCUUUUCCAACUCGGAGAUCAUCAAGAGCUCCAACGGCUGCCGCAUCAAGUCCAACUCCGGCACCACCGGUGAGGUCAGCAACGUCACGUACCAGAACAUCACCCUCACGGACAUCGACACCUACGGCAUCGACGUCCAGCAGGACUACCUCAACGGCGGCCCGACCGGCGAGCCCACCAACGGCGUCAAGAUCUCGGGCAUCCGCUUCAUCGACGUCGCCGGCACCGCCACCGACCAUGGCUACAACUACUACAUCCUCUGCGGCGAGGGCAGCUGCUCCGACGUCACCUUUGAGAACACCAAGAUCACCGGCGGCGGCAAGGGCGGCAGCUGCAACUUCCCUGCCAGCGGAUGCCCGUCAUGA